CAAGUAUCGGGUGAAGAUAAUCGUUCCGCAACUGAUAAGCUUGCGAAGGUGAACCCUUCAAGGGUGGUUUUAGGUAUUUGUUUGUUGGUUUUACAUGUGACCGUUUUUCCCGGCCGAUACACUGUACCUUAUGCACAGCGCACAGCUGCACCGUUCCGAGCUGGUUAAUCUCCUCGAACGGUAAAAAAACACACCAUCAAAUACAGCAGAAAGCGCGACAAAAAUUAAGCGACAAGCUUAGAUAAAAACCGGCCGGCCAGAUCAACAGCAACAGCAGUAAAAAAAACACAAACGGGCACCCCCAGAAAGCGUCUGUCUCGCGCAUACAAUGUUUGUGGUGCACUAACAAUUCCGGCUGUUUGUUUUUUAACGCGCGCGCGCUCUCUUGCUCCCCUCGCAUCAUACCUGCGUAAUCGCUGUUCAAACAGAGCAUUCCGAUACCGCCCAUGUUGCGUCGGGUGCUCCGUGCGGUGUAUGUGUGCGAAACAGUCCACGCUAGUGUAGUAUGGCCGGGGGAUGAGACACUUCCCUUCGUUCUUCCGUCCGAAAGAACUUCAAGGCGUGGAAACCGGCACCGGGGCUAGAUCGAAGCAGGCUAGUCGAUGCCGUCAUCUGCUAGCGGUCGGAAGGUUUCUAAUGGUGAUCCGCCUUCGAAGUGGCAGUGAAGUGAGCAACUGUAAUGCUUCGGUGCGCCAUUAGCUGCGAGCAGUGACCAUUUACAGCACCGUAAUAGUAGCACUCGGAAGUACCGGCGGGGGAAGAAAAAUGGCACCCAACGUGUCGGACAGCGACCGGGCCGCGGGAACAGUUUGGCAAAGGGCAAAGGGACGACCGCAGGACACAAUCAACGACCAAAACAACAACGAUGCCUGUCAAAGCGGCAGUAGCAGUAAUCACUGUGAUCAGGGUGCGAGCGUACCACCAACACCGUUCCGGGCCCGCAUUCGGUGGCCCGACCUGUUCGCCCAGCUGUUCGUGCACGGUGGCUUUCUGAUUGGGCUCUACUAUUUGGUCACAUUCCAGGCCAAGUUCUACACCUACCUAUGGACCCUAGGAUUGGUGUGGGCCACCGGCAUCGGCAUUACGGCCGGUGCUCAUCGACUUUGGUCGCACAAAUCGUACAAAGCGCGCUGGCCGCUACGACUGCUAUUGAUGUUCCUAUUUACGAUUUGCGGACAGCGCGAUGCGUACACGUGGGCCCACGACCAUCGCGUGCACCACAAGUACUCGGAGACGGAUGCCGAUCCGCACAACGCCAAGCGGGGCUUCUUCUUCGCCCACGUCGGCUGGGUGUUUCUAACGCCCCACCCGGAGGUGGUGGCGAAGCGGAAAGCCAUCGACAUGAGCGAUCUCGAGGCGGACCCGAUCGUGAUGCUGCAGCGGCGCUACUACCUUCCCCUGUUUGCGCUGCUCGUCAUCGGGCUGCCGGUGCUGGUGCCCUGGUACUGGUGGGGCGAGCAGCUGGCCGUCGCGUUCUGGGUGUGCUUCACGUUCCGCUUCACCACCACGCUCAACAUCGCGUUCUUCGUCAACAGUGUGGCGCACAUGUUCGGCAACAAACCGUACGACCGGAGCAUCAGCCCGGUGGAAAACCUGGCCGUGGCGAUCGCGGCGAUGGGCGAGGGCUGGCACAACUAUCACCACGUGUUCCCGUGGGACUACAAAACCAGCGAGCUCGGCAGCUACCUGUUCAACGUGACGACCGGCUUCAUUGACUGCUUUGCCCGGCUCGGCUGGGCCUACGAUCGUAAAUCCGUGCCGCCGGAAGUGGUGGCCCGCCGGGCGGCCAAGUGUGGCGAUGGGACGCGCUUUCUUAGCGACGAGUACGCCCAUCAGGAUGCGGUGUGGGGGUACGGCGAUCAGGACAUACCAAAGGAAGAUGUGGACGCUAUCGUAAGGACACAGUGCUGAUCGGCAUGGGCAGAUCCUACAAACGCAAAAGGAUUCUCCCGCCAUGGUGGCAUAUAGCCGCCAUCGAUCAAAAACGGAAGGGGAGAGGUUCUUGCAGCAUGUUUACUUUGCAAACAGCUUCGCUAGAAUCAGUGCUUAAACGCCGCUUGUGCACAGCAGUUAGCAUUUAACUUAGUGAAUUAAAUCAACUUCUCUUUCAGUAUA